ACUGAGCAGAGAGCUCCGUUACCACAGAGGAGUAUAGGAGAGAGAGAGAGAGAGAGGGGGAGACAGAGAGGAGAGAGACAGAGAGAGGCAGAGAUAGAGAGGGGCAGAAGGGGGGCAAAGAAUAGGAAGAGCAUUGUGCUCCUGCUGAGAAGGAACCCAUGUCUGGACAAAGAGCGGGGUUUACCACAGGCCGGUGCAGAAAACGUUAAGUAUCAGUUCAUUGGAGCAGACAACAGAGAGAUGAAAGAGAAGAACCCCUGGCACUCGCCGGUGGCCAUCAUCAUCACUGUGAUUGGUGUCAUAGUGAUCGUUGCCUUGGUGAUAGUGGCAGUUUUGCAGAACAGGCCCCUCGCCCAAAAGUACAAGUAUGGGAUCGUGCUGGACGCCGGUUCCUCCCACACAGCCUUGUACAUCUACGAGUGGCCGGCUGAGAAGGAUAACAACACCGGAAGAGUUGAGCAGAAGCAUUCCUGCAAAGUCAUUGGUCCCGGUAUCUCCAGCUAUGCAUCUGCUCCUCAGAAGGCAGGAGAGUCUCUGAAAGCAUGCAUGAAGGAGGCUGAGCAGUGGGUGCCCGUAAAAAGACACCCCGAGACCCCCCUGUAUUUGGGGGCUACUGCCGGAAUGAGAUUGCUAAAUAUAGAGAACAGCGCCGCGUCAGACAAGGUCUUCGAGGCCGUGGGGGAAGCGCUGCAAAAAUCCCCCUUUUCCUAUCAGGGAGCGAGAAUACUCAGCGGCCAGGAGGAGGGCGCCUUCGGCUGGGUCACAGUCAACUACUUGGAUGACCGUCUCAGCCAGGGCUUGGAAACCACAGGCGCACUUGACCUUGGCGGGGCUUCCACCCAGAUUAGUUUUGUGUCCGAUCAGUAUGACGGUUCAGAGUCACCGAGCAACGCCGUCAACUUCCGACUUUACGGAAACGACUACGAACUGUAUACUCACAGCUUCCUGUGUUACGGGAAAGACCAAGCACAAAGACUGAAGCUGGCGCACCAGACACAAUCAGGUCCAAAUGCAGUAGAAGAUCCUUGCCAACACCCUGGAUACAAUACGACAAAGAAGUACUCUGUCCUCUAUGAUAGCCCCUGCGUGUCAAACCGGAAACCACAAGGAGCUCCUGCAACCUUCCUUCACACUGGGACAGGAAACGUCAAACAAUGCCAGGACGUUGUUAAAAACAUCUUCAACUUUACUGACUGCAAAUACAGCCAGUGCUCAUUCAACGGGGUCUACCAGCCAAGUUUGCAGGGGCCAUUUGGGGCUUUCUCUGCCUACUACUUUGUGACGAGCUUCCUCAAUCUGACUGAUACGUCCGUCCCUCUGGAAGAUGUCAGGAAAAAGCUUGAACGCUACUGCGCUACCUCAUGGAGUCAGAUAGUGCAGGAGCACCCGGGCGUAAAAGAGAAGUAUCUGGCUGAGUACUGUUUCUCUGGCACGUACAUCCUCACCCUGCUGACAGAAGGAUACAACUUCACCUCAGAGAGCUACUCCAACAUUAAUUUUAUUAAAAAGAUAAAAGGCAGUGAUGCCGGCUGGACGCUGGGCUACAUGUUGAAUCUGACCAACAUGAUUCCAGCUGAGGCCCCGGACUCUCCCCCUCUGCCCCACGCCGGCUACGUAUCCAUAGUCUCCAUCUGCGCAGUAGUGAUCUUCAUCCUCCUCCUCUUCAGCCUCCGUCCUCUCUGGGCACGCCACUGCAAAAAGCAACAGAUCGUAUAAAAGAAAACACACAGACGUACGCACCGGUGGGGGAGUGAGAGCUUGUGAGUGUGUUUUACCAAUUUGUGAAUUAGAUAACUUUACACUUUCCAGCAUUUCGGGGAAGGCGAAAGGUCAACGUCUGCUGCAUAUCAACAGCACCACAGCUGAUUUAAGCUGAUUCAAGGACGUCAAGGGCAAAUGCUUUCUCUACUCUUUCGGCAGUGAGUUUUGCUUCUCUGGUUGAAGGACGUUUUUUUGGUUCAUGUGUGAGCGUGUAUGUUUGAAUUUGAAUGGGAGGUUGAGUGUGUGCUUAUCUAUACCAGUCUGCAUGUAUGUGUCUUGAGUUAUGAUGUAAAAAAAAUACUGCCCUGUAUAAAUGAAUAAAAUAACCCAUGUUUCCAUAAA